AUGCAAGAAUCGGACGAUUCGCCAUCCGACCACGCGCUAACAGACACGCUGUCCGCACGAUCUUAUCUGGAGCUAACGCAAAACCACAUCCACCCCGAGAUCAAGACUCCGCAAAGCCAUGAUACCCCUGACUCGCCCGUUUCAGGAGAAGCGAUCGAACCCGAGGGUAACUCGGGCCCGCGCCUACGAGUCCGCGUAAAACGGCCCUCCCGAAGGGAAGCGAAGGAAGCGAAUGAAUCGGAGAAGCCCGAGGUGCCCGAGGUCAGGGACCCGCCUGUGGAGCGCCCGACCCGGAAACGAGGCCGCCCCCGACUGGAGACAGUUAAAGAUGCCGCUGCAAUCGAGGGCCGGCGAUUACAGAUCCGUCGCGCGCAGCGUACGUAUCGACAGAAGAAAGAGGCGACGAUUCAGGGGCUCAAGACCCGUGUAGAAGUUCUUGAACAGACAUUGCAGAAUGUUGCAGGUAUUCUAGGUGCGGAAGAGGAGAUCCACGCUCUUACUGCAGCUGGGUCGCAAAGCGACGGCCUCACUCGCGCCAGGCAGUUAGUACUGUCGGAGAUCUACAAGACCCGCUUAUCCUCUCGGGAGCAUUGCCAGCCCGAUCGCAGCUUGGCGAAUUCUCGCGAUGUCUUUGGAUAUCAAGUCUCGCGCGCAGAAAGAAACAUCGAGGAUGUACACUCGAAUCAAUAUGACAAGAAAGGCUCACGAAAUACACGUCCACAUGCACGAUCACCAUCCCCCCUACUCAACCGUCUUUUCCCUUCCACGACCAUCUACACCUACAGUUAUCAAGAAUCUGACCUCUCCAGACGCCUUCAGCGCUUCUGUUUGGAACAUACACACCGCUGGCUUACCGACCCACAUGCCGACCCCAGCCUUAUGACCAGAAUAUUCGGACUAAUGCCAUGCAUUCAAGACAUGCCGGGAGUCCGACGCAGCAUCCGGCGAACCUUGCAAAGCGAGAUUGGCAAUUCGCUCGAAACCAACAAAUUGCCGUUUUACAAACUCGGUGGUGCGGGUACACACUAUCCGCGGGUUGGACCAGACGGCCGACCAGCUUACCCCGAGAACUUUCGGCGACCGGGCAAGAUUCUUCGAAGAUUAGCUCGGAUCUUACGGCGAGGCGGGAUCCAAGAUUGGGAUGAAGAUUGGAGUGGGGAUGCGGAGCCGGAUCUGCAAGAUUGGAUCGGCCGCAAGGAGAAGGCGAUGAGCAAUGAAGAUCGUCUACGCUCCCUCGAUCUGGAGGGUGAAUGGUUUGAUUGCCACGAUGUUCAAGGAUAUCUCGAAUCUUAUGGGGUUGUGCUCAAUGGUUCCUCACUGUGGCUGGAUGUGCCAGCCUCUGCAGUCGGUCUACUGCACGGGUUCUCGCCCGAAGGAUCCACAUCUCAAUAUUAUAUGUCCUCUGAAGGAACCUCGCCAGUUGACAUGAGCGGGAUUGGAUAUCUCACCAAAUCGACUUAUGCCCUGGACGCUGAAUGUUUCUUUGAUCGUGAGUCAGGUCUCUCGUUUUACUCUCAAACAAUACAUAUGCUGAUCGAGACAGUGCUCCUCGCCAAUUUUCGAAUCCUCGGCCGCGCUCCUGGGUUUAAGUUGUGGGACGUCGAUGCCGCUCUGCGGGCGGCUAUCCACAAACGGCCAUUAAUAUGA